AUGCAGUUGUCAAACUUUCGUGUUCUUGGAAAGAAGAUUGUUUGUGUUGGUAGGAAUUAUAAGGAGCAUGCUUUGGAAUUGGGAAAUACGGUACCAAAAAUACCAUUGUUUUUCGUGAAAUCAACAAACAGUUAUGUGUCACAAGGACGGCCUAUUAUCCCACCACCUGGCUGUAAACUAUUACAUCAAGAAGUGGAACUCGGUGUAAUUUUCAGCAGGACGGCGAAAAAUAUUCCAUCCACACAAGCAUUUAACUAUAUUGGUGGGUACACAGUAGCCUUGGACAUGACAGCUCGGGAUUUCCAGGAUGAAGCGAAGAAGGCAGGAACGCCUUGGUUCUUAGCAAAAUCGUUCGACACUUCAUGCCCAGUAGGUUGUUUCAUUGAGGCCAGCAAGAUUGGCAAUCCACACGAUGUCGAGCUAUUUUGUCGUAUAAAUGGGGAGGAAAAACAGCGCUGUCGAACCAAUGGCAUGAUUUUUGACAUACCAACUUUAAUCGAAGUUUUAACGAAAUACGUCACCAUGGAACCAGGUGAUGUGCUCCUCACGGGUACACCAUCAGGCGUAACAGCUGUAAAAUCUGGUGACUGUAUCGAAUUUGGUUUGGAAGGGAUCGCAUCGUUUAAAUUUUGUGUGGAGUAA